GAGUGUAAAAAUGCCUUCUGCUUCAUCUUCUCCAAUUCUCAUCUCUAGAUGCACUGUUCUUCCAGAACAGAAAUCCUCAAUUGGGUUUCUCAAACUCUCUGUUUCUGAUCUUCCCAUGCUUUCAUGUCAUUACAUACAAAAAGGGCUUCUCUUCACUCUCCCUCCUUUCUCCAUCGACGUUCUCGUUUCUCUUCUCAAACGAGGCCUUUCUCAAACUCUCUCUCAUUUCCCACCUCUCGCUGGUCGUCUCAUCACUGACUCCAACGGAUACGUCCACGUGUCCUGCAACGAUUCGGGCGCUGAUUUCUUCCAUGUCAAUGCCACAUACCUCUCCCUCCGUGACAUUCUUUCUCCUCUCCAUGUACCUGAUUCCGUCAAGAAGCUUUUCGUCUUUGACGGUGCCGUCAGUUACGAUGGCCAUUUCAAGCCUAUAACUGCUGUCCAGGUGACGGAACUAGCUGACGGCGUCUUCAUUGGAUGCACCGUCAAUCACGCUGUGGUGGACGGAACCUCCCUCUGGAACUUCUUCAAUACUUUCGCUGAGGUUUGCAGGGGAGCGAAUAGAAUCUCUAACCCACCGGAUUUCCGCCGGAAUUUGGUGAAGGAUUCCCCGGCUGUUCUCAGAUUCCCUGACGGACCUCCUAAGGUGACGUUCUCUACAGAUGAACCGAUACGUGAGAGAAUCUUCCAUUUCAGCAGGGAAGCAAUUCUUGAGCUCAAAUCCAGAGCUAAUGCUCACUUGCGUAAAAGAAUUUUCCCCGUGGAAGCUGAGAUUCUUGGAAAGCAGAGCAACGAUGGUUGGAAGGGUAACAGUAACGGUAACGGCAAGAUGAUGGCUCUGUUAGAGAGCUUGUUAUGGAAGAGUAACGCCGUUUCGAGUAAUUCCGUAACGGAUACGGCGGAGAAGGAGGAGGUGGUGGUUUCAUCUUUCCAGUCCCUCUCUGCUCAGCUCUGGCGUUCAGUCACACGUGCGAGGAAGUUCUCGUCAACGAAAUCCACCACCUUCCGAAUGGCAGUGAACUGUCGUCACCGGCUAAAGCCACGUGUCGAUCCGUACUACUUCGGUAACGCAAUUCAGAGCAUCCCAACCGUUGCUACCGCGGGUGAAAUCUUGUCUCACGAUCUACGCUGGUGCGCUACCUUGCUACACCGAAACGUGGUGGCGUAUGACGACGCUGCUGUACGGCGUGUAGUGGAGGAGUGGGAGAAGAAUCCACGGUGCUUCCCGCUGGGUAACUUCGAUGGUGGAAUGAUCACCAUGGGGAGCUCACCUAGAUUCCCUAUGUUCGACAAUGAUUUCGGGUGGGGCCGACCGUUGGCGGUCCGAAGCGGUCGAGCCAACAAAUUCGACGGUAAAAUCUCUGCGUUCCCAGGGCGGGAGGGUGGGGGAAGUGUGGAUCUUGAGGUGUGUUUGGCGCCUGAAACUAUGGCUGGGCUGGAGACAGAUAUGGAAUUCAUGCAAUACGUAUCGUGAGAGGAGAGAAGUUCCACUAGUGCUCUUGCCACUUGUUACCAUGUGUUAUUAGUGUUGUAUUUUUAGG